GCAGGAUUUCAGCGUGUCUUGAGGAACGGAGAGAGCCUUGCAAAGCCAGAGGCUUCUCCCUACAUGCAUCCCCGUAACCAGCACCCAAAGAAGGCCCUCCCCAUCAGCCUCUGCCCUGAGAAUAACGACCGGGUGUCAGAGCACUGCAGGGGGUGGGGGUGGCGGCAGCCACCACUUGGGCCCCGUGUGCAGCCAUGAGAAUAGUGGUGGAUCUGACCCUUUGGGCCUUGGGCUCCUUGGUGAUUGUAGCAUUCUGGGCGGAGGGCAGCCAGCGGAGGGCGACGGAGGGCCGGAUCCGUCGGCGAUCCCAUCGGGUUCAUCACGGGCGCUGCAGCUACACUUUUGUCCUGCCGGAGGCUGACCCACCACCCUGCCAGCACCCCGGGGAGACCUUCAAUGUCAACACGCUGCAGCGGGAUUCCCCAGCCGGCUCUUUGUUAAGGAGCGAUGACCAAUCCAGCCAGCGCGUCCAGCAACUGGAGAGGGUCUUGGAGAACAACACCCAGUGGCUGCUGAAGCUGGAGAGCUACAUCCAGAUGAACAUGAAGUCGGAGAUGGUGCAGAUCCAGCACAAUGUGGUGCAGAACCAGACAGCCACCAUGUUAGAGAUUGGGACAAACCUCCUGAACCAAACAGCGGAGCAGACCAGGAAACUGACGGACGUGGAGGCUCAGGUGUUCAACCAGACCUCCCGCAUUGAGAUCCAGCUCCUUGAGAACUCUCUUUCCACAAAUAAGUUGGAGAAGCAGCUGUUGAUGCAGACGAACGAGAUCCACAAGCUGCAGAACCGAAACAGCAUUUUGGAAACCCGAGUCCUGCAGAUGGAAACCAAACACCUGAUGGAGCUGGAGGGGAUCCGGACAGAGAAGGAAGAGCUUCAGGAGCUGGUGAGCCGUCAAAGCGACACCAUCGAGGGCCUGGAGAAGUCCCUGUACGCUGCCAGCAGCAACGCCAGCCUGCUCCAGCAGCAGCAGCUGCAGCUCUUGGAGUCGGUCCAGAAUUUGGUCCAGCUGGUCUCCCAAGGCAAAGUUCCUCUAAAGAAAGAAGACCGGUUGUUCCAGGACUGUGCAGAAAUCCGCCAAUCUGGACUCAACCUCAGUGGGGUUUACACCCUCCAUAUCAACAAUCUGACAGAACCCAAAAAGGCCUAUUGUGACAUGGAGACAGAUGGAGGCGAGUGGACUGUGAUCCAGCACCGAGUCAAUGGCAGCGUCAGUUUCCAAAAAAGCUGGAAAGAGUACAAACAGGGCUUUGGGGAUGCGGCAGGAGAAUGCUGGCUAGGAAAUGAGGCAGUCCACCUGUUGACCAAUCAGCGAGCCUAUUCCUUGAGGGUGGAGCUCCUCGACUGGGAAGGGAAUCGCGCCUACGCCCAGUAUGAAAAGUUCCAGCUAGGGAGUGAGCCUCAGGGGUACAGGCUUUCCUUGAAAGGCUACAAAGGCAGCGUUGGGCGGCAGAGCGGCUUGCCUCUCCAAGAGACAGGCUUCAGCACGCGGGACGCCGACAAUGACAACUGCAUGUGCAAGUGUGCGCAGAUGCUUUCCGGCGGUUGGUGGUUUGAUGCCUGCGGGCUCUCAAACCUGAAUGGCAUCUACUACCCAGCCAGGCACAACAUCCGGAAACUGAACGGGAUCCGAUGGCAUUACUUCCAAGGACCGGGGUACUCACUGAAAGGCACACGGAUGAUGAUCAGGCCUUCAAGCGGCCGUGAAGGGGCAUAGCGGAGAGGAUCGGCUGGGCUGCAGUUUCACUGAGCCAGAGAGACUGGUCCUCGAUGCCUAGACCAGAAUUGUCUUCAGGUUUCGACAGGUGGAAACAGAGCAAUAGCAAACUCUGCGGGAAGGAGGCCCUGGUGAAAUGUGGCUGGGAAUUCACUGCAAAGACAGAAAGCAAACAGCAAAACUCUCUCCCCUGCCCACCCAAUAACACAAGAAGCUUUCUGUGGACUUUUGGAAUUCCAAAGAAAAAGUAGAAGGAACUGUUAUAUAUGCUACAGGCUAAAUCUGACUAUGAAAAAUUUGUCACGCUAUCCAGUUCAUUUAGGUGGUGUGAGUUUGUUGGGUAAACUCAAAAAUCUGGUGAGAUAUAUUACACUUCAGACUUUAUUCAGAUCAGUACAUACAUGAACUCAUCUGUGCUGGGCAAUAUUUCUGCAGUGUUUAAAUCGUGCAUGUUGGUUUUAGUAAUCUCUGUGGCAGCCUUUUGCCUACCUGGUGCCCGCUAGUUGUUUAGGACUACAGCUCCCAUCUACCCCAGCUGCAGUCUGAAACAUCUGGAGGGCACCAGGUUGGGGAAGGCUGUUCCUUUAAUGUCUCGGUAAACAUUACAACAGCUCUAGAAACCAAGGUUCAAAAAGCACAUAAUUUCCUUACCUUGAAGUGGCAAAACGUCUGGGCUGCAGGUAAGAGCUUGCACAUUUCAUUGGUGCCGCAUAAGAACACCCCAUGCAGAGAAGGUUAGAGUGAGCCUUUCUCCCUGACAGAUUAGCUUUCUACAUGCAAGGCAUAGGGUGUAUGGUCAUUCUUGGCUUGGAAUAAGGGAGCAUUUCGCCUCAGUGGGACCUGCCUACAUGCGACUGUUUAAGUACACGUUUUGUUCAAGUGAAGUAACCGGAACGCAAGGCCCCAGUGAAAUUGUGUGCGUCUGCCAUCUGCUGUCCAUUCUUCAGAACAUACCUCCAAACAGCCCUUCGUUUAAAUGGGAGCUGCUUUUUCAGCUUUGCUUCGUGAAGGUCGUGUGUCAGGAACCCUUUUUAUAUCCCGGGAGAGUGAGUGAGAUCAGGGACUUCUGAAUAGCUGCAGUCAGUUUGCUGGAGACAGCGAUCAAGUCCAUGGACCACACCAGGCGGGUCCUCUUCCUUUAGGGUCUUCUCAGCAGAGGGGCAUGGGAGUCAGGCCAUUGGUCUACCUAGCUCAGUAUCACCUACACUGGCUGGCAGCCUCUCUCCAGGAUUUCAGACAGGAGUCUCUCCCAGCCCUGCCUGGAGAUGCCAUUGGGGAUUGAGCCUGGAACCUUCUGGAUGCAAAGCAGAUGCUCUGCCGCUGAGUUGCGGCCCUUCCCCAGUCAUGCUGCCGCUACUCAGGUCCUUGGCUUUGUUUCCUUUCCUCAUCCGGUUCCUCCUUUCCUGCUUCAUUACUGAACUGUGUGCGAUCCCCCUCACACUCGUCGAUCCCGCCGGCUGCAGGAAGGUAGUGCAACAGGUCGCAAGCACAGGGGGACAAGUUGCAAGUUGUGGGAAGGAUGUCAACUACCAGGGAAAGAUGCAGCAGAGAACAGACGGAGACGCUUUCCUGGGCCGUUUCUAAAUAUAGCGAGAAGCGUGCAUUUUUAGACAUGCCUGUGUAUGUGCGUAGCUAAGCAAUACACAAACACCCCAAAAAGUGACUUCAGCGGACAUGGUGAGCAGGAAUGUGCUAGGUAGCAUGAUUGCACCAUGGAAUCUGCCUUCUUUUCCCACGGUCAGAUCUCUACAGAAAAUGCAACUGGCCUUUGCGUUGCACCUCCACUGAGUUGCCCUGCAUUCUCUUCCUAUCCAUAACGUUAAACAAAUCUCAGUUGCUGAUGUGCUUCCAUGAGCCAACGACAGCUUUGCUGCGUCAUGGGAUCCAUAGUCUGCCUGCAACAGGAAUGGCCAACUGUGUAAACAAAUAAACAAACGCUGUUUUCACCAGGCUGCAUCUGGCCCCUGCAAUAUCCCCUAACAUGGAAGCGGUAACCUCCCAUUUUCUGAUAGGAGGAGAUGCUCGAGUGGCCAUGUGAGAAGCAGCCCGUUUUUUCACCUGGGAGCAGAGAGGUUCAACGUCCUCCAGCCACGCGGCUCCCAGAUGGGUGAUGUUAUUGCUAGGGCGCCAUCCCUCCAGCAGCUUGGUGGAAGGGAGCUGACCAUCUUGGGUCUACAUAAUACUACAAAAUGCAUGAUGCAGUGUGACUGCGUGUGAAAUGGCACUACGGCCAACAGAAUCUGGAGAAACAGCACCAUAGCCUUCCUCCCGUCCCAGUAGUUUCAGCCCAACAGCUCCACCCUGACAAAGAAAUGCAAAGUAGCGAGAAAAUGAGGACCUUCAGAUUACGGAUAUAACACUUGGAGAUUCCAGGGAAAGCAAGCGGCUGGGGGUGAUGGAAUAUGUCCAACAUCUAUAGAAUGCACAGAAGCUUUUCAAAAUCUGUUCAUGGGACCGUUACUCUGGGCAGGGAGAAUGUCUGAGCUAUGUUCUGUACAGCAUACGGGACAAAGUUGGCUCUGAUAAGUGUUCGCCUAUAGUAUGGAGCCACACUCUGAAGCUGAAGCUCAGGCUUCCCUUACAUCAGCACAAACAGGCCUGGAGACUCCAGGAUCCGUGCCUCUCUGAAUGCUUCUUUAGCCUGCGGCCUUUCAAAGCUGGCACCAUGUAUGGACUAAAGUGCCCUCUGCUGGUACAGCCUGGUUUUCAACACCCUUGCAACAGAUUGUGAAGACGUUCUGCUGUUUGGUCUAACUUGGGACUGGUUGAACUGGCCACUGAGGGCUGGCUGAACUGGCCAUUUUCAACUCCUCCUUGCUGCAGAGAGAGCCACAUGAGCUGAUCUGUAUUGAAUUGAUCAGCAGGGCUAGCCCAAGAAGGAAAAUCCAAAUGACCUUUCCCCUUAUUAGAUAACCUGAGGCACUGGCCACCAGGCAGCCUGCCUACAUAAGGCUCAAUAAAACACCUUUUUGUGGCAGGUUUUUUUAAAAACCGUUUGAACCAACUGUGUGAAAGGCAUAUAUGCAAUGGAUGCAGCUUUCCCUGCUAUGCAGUGAUGGUGUGCUCUACCUGUUGGAUGUCUAUCCCAGAGCUUGGAAAAGUUACUUUUUUGAACUACAACUCCCUGUUCAUCAUCCAGUGGCCAUGCUGGCUGGGGCUGAUGGGAGUUGUAGUUCAAAAAAGUAACUUUUCCAAGCUCUGCUAUCCGUCAUAUAGUUGUUAAAAGUGGAGCCCCCUUACUGGAAAAAAAAAAGGUGGUGCAUCAUCCCAAAUUCUCCAGCUUCAAAAGCUUGGAUUUUCCCCACCUUCCUGCCCCAUACCACAGGUAUCCCUCCAAGCCCUGUUUGAGGGACAGAUCUUAGAAACUGCAUUAUUUAACAAUAUUUGUGAACAUUCCAUGACAUACAGCAGCACUGCCAAUAGCUAAGACAGCUGUCAAUUUAUAAAAAGAGACAUUUUGUCUUUCUGUAGCACUUCAGUAUGCCAAGCAUGUCACAUCAUCACUUUCUACAGUGGCAUGAAGAGCAGGGAUGGCCCAGAGCCCAAAUCUCAUCUAGGAAUACCCAGAGUCCAAAUUUUCCUGGAUGCACACAUGCAAAGGAGUAGAAUUGCGAAGCCUCCAUACCAGGAAUGACCCCCACAAUGCCAUGCCCUCUGCUUACAAUAUUUGAGUGGGAGGUGGGUGGUGGUGGACAUAAUUUCUGGUUAGCAGCAGAGAAUGAUGCCUUUAGUCUGUGACACAUGUUGAUGAUGUCAAUGGAGACUGGUGGCUCCAAUGUCAGUGGGGCAAUAAAUCCACUCCAGGUUUUAGUCCAAACAUCCAAGUAGUUGUCCAAGGAUUCAAUGCCCCACUGACAUCGGAGCCUCCAGUCUCCACUGGAUGAUGUCAUUGCCAUGCACCUGGCCCUAAAGGCAUUAAUGCAGCCGGCCUAAGGUCACCUGGGCUGCUUUGGGAGGAAGGGCAGGAUAGAAAUGUAAUAAAUAAGAAUGAUAAUCAUGGCCUUGUCGUGGAUCUUAGUGAAAAAAUAGAUCAAUUGUAACCCCAGAAGUCUCUGCUUGAUGCAUCACUUCUCUUAGUUUAAAAUGAACUUUUGGUGCCUAAUCAGCCUGCCUAGCUAUCUUUGCUGCAUGGUUGAAUUGUUGUCUAUGGUCUAGUAGAAAUAUUAAGAGGAAGGAGUCAUAGUCGCUCUGAUUUUAAAAUUGAUAUAGCUGACUUCCAGUCUUGUCUUCGCCUUGUCCAUUUCAGGAAGCUGUUUCCUGUUAGCCAGUGACAGCUAGUGGCUCCAUGUCAGUGGAAUAGUGGAAUCCGCUCCAGGAUUCCAAGUUAGUUUUAGUCUAACUUUCACCUUGGACAGCUCCUUGAAAAUUUGGACUAAAACCUGGAGCAGAUUCCACUGCCCCACCAACAUGGAGCUACCUGCCUCCACUGCACUCAGCUCAGUGUUUUCUAAUCAGUGUUUGAGAUCAUCGUUCAGCUGAAUUUCACCUGCGUUAUUCAUGUCUCUAGAAGAGUAAAGAAAGAUUUUGAAAGUGGCUUUAGAGGAAGGAAAUUGUUUAAGCUGCUAUUCUCAAUAUUGUUUAUUUACAUAAUGAGAUGAACAUGUAGUGGAAAUAUUUUUUGAAGCGUCAAAGCAGCUAUAUGGUGACAGGUCACAUGUAUGGAACUCAAACCUGGUCCCAAGGCCAGUGUUUUGCUUUGAACUUAGUGGGAAGUCAUUGUUAAGGAAAUUCUGAUAAAGCAGGGUUUCAGACAGUUCAUUAUUUAAGAGUGACAGUCCAAGGCAUUUUUAAAAUUAGAGAAUUUUGCUGAUGAUCCAUAUGAGUUUAUGAAUAUAAAUAAUAAGGCCAGUUCCAAAAAAUAAAAAAUAAACAGGAGGCUUUGGGCACCUUGGCUGUUCACAUUAUUUGACUUCUCACACACACACCCUUUUCCUUUUCUGAACAAGGCCAGAGAGAUCAUUUUGGUAAGACUUUUGAAGGAAAGACCAACUCCUUAAGAAUGCUUGGAAUGCUUUCAAAAUGGGUUUACUUAUUACCACUGUUGUGUGCGGGGCGUGGGGGCAUGUAUGUUUUCUGCUCAUGCGUAACUUGU